UUUAAACCAACAGCAAAAGACAAAGAAAUAAUAAACAAAGCUAAUAUUCGUGGCACAAUUGAGGAUGUUCUUCUUUUUUACCACUAUAAAAAAUACGCGAUAGUUAUUAAUAAAGUUACUCGCUUAUAUGCAAUUAGAUUAAUUAAUUAUGAAGAUGAUGGUGAAAACAGAGUGGAAAUAUUAGCAGUUAAAAGAUUUCCUGACUUGAUAGGGUUCUAUCCAACAGAGAAAGAAGUCGAGAACAAAGUCAAAAGUAUUAAAUAUAAUAAGGAUGGAGAAAUAGACCAAUGCAAAUAUAAAUUUGAAACCCAUGAGGAAGGUAUGAAAAAUAAUGUAUUAAUAAUUGGAAGAACAGGAAGUGGCAAAUCUGCCUUGGCUAAUGUAAUCAGCAAUGUUGAUGUAUUUGGAGAAAGUGAUGGUUCAAUUAGCAAAACUAAAAACUUUCAAAUCAAAGAAUUUAAAUGGGAAGGAACAAAAUAUCGAGUGAUUGAUACUGUCGGAUUCGGCGAUACUAAUUUAUCAGACAAGGAUGUCAUUUUAAAAUUGGCUGAGGCUAUUCACUCAAUGAAACGAGGGAUAAAACAAAUAUUUGUGGUAUUGGGAGGAAAAUUUACCAAUGAGGAAAUAGAACUUUUUGAGUUAGCUGAGAAAAUUUUCGGAAAAAAAAUCAUUAAAAACACAACCAUUGUGAGAAAUAGAUUUGACAAUUUCGAUGACCCUAAAAAAUGUGAUAAAGAUAAAAAAGAUUUGAUAAAUGAAAAUAAAAAAAUUGCUGCUAUAAUUAGUCGCUGCAAUGGAAUCAUAUAUGUGGACAAUCCCCCAUUAAGAGAAAAUGAACAAAGACGAAAAAUUGAUCAAGAAGACAGAGAAAAAUCAAGAAAAAUAUUAUUGAAUCAUUUGAAAACUUCUUGUCAAGUAAGUUACAAAAUGGAUCAUUGGGAUGAGAUAUGUGUGGGAAUUAAUGAUUACAUGAAUGCAAAAAAAUGGAAAGAAGAAAAUGAACCUUUAUUAACUGAUGACUUAAUUAAAAGAGAAAUAAAUGAACUAAAAGAAGGGAUUCUUGAAGAAUUAAACGCUCAGUCAAAUAAACCAGGACUAUUCAAAAACACUUGGAUUUCCAAAAACAAUAGUUAUCCGAACAGAGGUUGUGUUGAAAUUUUAUCAAAAGCUGGAAGGCCAAAAACUUUGAUUAAAAAUAAUAAUCGCGAUAAAAUUAAAGACUAUUUUAAGGCUGAAACCGAUUUAGGAUUUGCACCAAGACUAUUUUGCAUG